AUGUCCACGCGCAGCCGUGUGGAUGUGGGAUACCUCGGCCUUCGUUCCUCAGCCGACCUCGCGGUCCACCACUCGCACACUCCCGACCCAUCCCAGCAGUCCCUCUUCGACCCAUACUGCCAACCCACCAACUCGGACCAAUCCUUUUGCUCCGACUUCUCCUGCUGUGGCCAGAGUCUGCCAGACCUCCACCGCCUCCUCGAGCACUUCGAGGAAGAGCACGUCCUGCCCAUUAUGACGGACGACAUCCACUCCCAGGCACACCAGUACUCGCCGUACAUCCUCAGCUAUCCUCAGCCCGACCCCCACUCCCUCCCGCCUUCCCUGGCGUACCUCAACCCGAACGGGCUCAAGUACCACCUCGAGAAGGGCACCUGCACCAACGCCGACACCCACUCGCGCGCCCCGCUCCCUGCCCUCGGCCCGCGCGCCCCUGGCCCCCCGCCGCCCGCGACGCCCUCGGCAUGA